AUGUCCGCGCCUCUCCGGCAACUAGCCUUGUCGUCAUUUGGUGACGGUGAGAGCAUGGAGAACAUUCUUGCCAACUGCGAGCCUUUGCGCAAUCUUCAGUUACUACUGAUCCCGCGCCUGAGCGAUCUCAACAAUGUUGAUACGCUCGUCAACUUCCUCGGAAAACACAACCACCUGCAGAAGCUUUGUGUAGAGCAAUCCGUUCCCGCACUUCUAGACUUGCAUAUCGUCCCCCCUUUAUCCACGGGGAACUUCUCAAACCUUUUCUCUCUCUCACUGUCAUGGGAAGGUCCCGGCAUGGACGAAGCCACGCGCCCACAUAUCGCGACUGUCCCGGAAGAGUCCAUCGCGGCCAUGAGCACAAUCGUCUCGCUGGAGCAGCUAUCACUUACUGCCGGCGUAGAGGUCGGAUGGCGGUACCAAUGGCUGGCAAAUCAUAAAGUUCUGCGAGCCAACUUGACGUAUUGA